AUGAACAAGACGGCAACUCUUUCACUUUUCACUGCCUCCAAUGAACUUGAAGGAGAUUGGCCAUGGCAUCGGUAUCAAAUUGUUGUUGUUACAGCGUGUCUUGCUGCUAGUAACUUGGGGAUUCUUUCCGUUGAUGCUCCUGCUUAUGAUUUGGUUUUGAAGUUUCUUCUUCCUCUCGCCAUUCCUUUGCUUCUCUUUAGGGCGGAUCUCCGCCGUGUAGUCAGCUCCACCGGCGUACUUCUCUUGCCUUUCUUGCUUGGUUCAGUUGCAACUACAAUUGGGACAGUAGUAGCAUAUCUACUUGUUCCAAUGCGAUCACUUGGUCCGGAUAGUUGGAAGAUAGCAACUGCUCUCAUGGGUAGACAUAUUGGUGGAGCUGUCAAUUAUGUUGCCAUAUCUGAUGCUCUUGGUGUUCAACCCUCAGUUUUAGCUGCCGGCUUAGCUGCAGAUAAUGUUAUUUGUGCACUGUAUUUUUCAGCAUUGUUUGCAUUGGCCUCUAAAGUGCCUCCAGAGCCCUCGGCGUCAGUAGAUGGUAUAGUUAAUUUACAUCUUCAUUUUAAUGGUUUCUGUAUAAUAUUUCUAUGUGCUUCUGUGCAUCAGAGGGUUCACCUAACUGAUUAUUUUUUCUUGUCAAAUGAUGCUAUGAAUUUAUCUGGGUCUGGUGACAAACUUCCAGUGUUACAAAUGGCUACUUCUCUUGCGGUGUCUUUUGCCAUCUGCAAGGCUGCCACUAUUCUUACAGGGUAUUUUGGAAUCCAAGGGGGUACUCUGCCAUUAGUAACAGCAAUUGUUGUGAUAUCUGCGACUAUAUUUCCCAAACCAUUUGCUUCUCUUGCAUCCUCUGGUGAACCUAUGGAUGUGAUUCUCAUACAGGUAUUCUUUGGGGUGAUAGGUGCGAGUGGGAGCAUAAGGAGUGUGAUGAACACAGCACCAAGUAUUUUUCUAUUUUAUUUUGUUCAGAUAAUAGUCCAUCUUUCUUUGAUACUUGGACUGGGAAGACUUUUUCGCUUUGACCUGAAAAGUUGCCCAGGCUUCAUAAUUUUUCUGGCUCCGCCACUGUCUCAAAGUAGAGUUAUAUAUAUGAUAUUGAAAAGAACUUCAAAAAUUAAAGUUUGCUUUGGAAGUAGAAAAUAUCAACGGAUUGGCUACACAGAUGGAGAUAUGGUGAGAGAUAUUGAUUUUAGAAAAUCUACUUCUGGAUUCCUAAUAAUGUUUUUAUGGGGAGUUGAUUGUGGCAGUCGAACCUACAAAAGUGUUGCUUUGUCUACUAGAAAGGAAAAUUUUGUUGUAACAUCAGAAGCUUGCAAAUAA